CCCGAGCGCGGCCACCGCCGGCGGCUCUCCCGCUCCCGCCGGUACCGGCACCGCCACCGGGACCCGCACCGGCACCGGCGCUCCAUGGAAGGGCAGCGGCUGCGGCCGGAGCGCCUCAAGUUUGCCCGGAGCGAGGGAUGAGCGAUGGAGGGGCCGAGCCCGGCGGGAGCCCCGUGCUGCUGGCCGAGCCCGCGGCCACCGGGCGGGCCCGGGAGAAGCUGCCGACCCGGGCGGAGCUGGAGAGCGCCCUGCGCGCCGGCGGCGGCGGCACCGGCGGCGGCACCGGCGGCGGCUUCAAGGACAUCCCGGGAACGUCGGCGGUCAGCCCCGGCUCCUCCAAGCAGUGCGCCCCGGACACCGAGAGCCCGUCGGGGACCGGCGAGGCGGAUUACUGCCGCCGCAUCCUGGUGCGAGAUGCCAAAGGGACGAUCCGUGAGAUCGUGCUGCCCAAGGGGCUGGACCUGGACCGGCCCAAGCGGACGCGGACGUCCUUCACGGCGGAGCAGCUCUACCGCCUGGAGCUGGAAUUCCAGCGCUGCCAGUACGUGGUGGGCCGCGAAAGGACGGAGUUAGCGCGGCAGCUCAACCUCUCCGAGACGCAGGGUUCCUCUUCCUGUGGUCCCGGUGUCACCUCCACAGAGCUGGGAGUGACAGGCUCUCUCCGUGGUCUCGGCGGUGCCACCAUGGCCAGCGUUUGUCCCCUGGGCACGGCGGACGCUCCCAGCAGGGUGCCAGGGCUGGGAGGUCACAGCCUUUCCUUAGGGAUGAAAUUCCCAUCUUUUCUCUGGAGCCUGGCUGCUGCCUCCAUCCCUGGGUCAAGGUGUGGUUCCAGAACCGCCGCACGAAGCAGAAGAAAGACCAGAGCAGGGACUCUGAGAAACGCUCCUCCGGCACCUCCGAGUCCGUGGCCACCUGCAACAUCCUGCGGCUGCUGGAGCAGGGCCGCCUGCUGUCCGUGCCGGCGCCCCCGAGCCUGCUGUCCCCCCGUUCCAGCCCCGUUCCUGCCCCGGGGCUGGGCAGCAGCCCCCCGGCCCCGCCGCCCUUCGGCCUGCCCGUGCCGCCGCUCGCCGCUUCCUCCUCGUCCUCCUCAUCCUCCUCGCCGUCGCCGCGGCUGCCGGGGGGCCCGCUGUGUUUCGGGGGGCCGCUGCUGGGCAGCCUGCACGAUGUUCCCGGUUCUCACCCGCCCGGAGCGUCCGCGUUCGAGCCUUACACGCGGCUGGAGAGGAAGGACGGUUCUAUACCCAGCAAGAAGCCGAGCCCGUGAAAGAAACCCCACAAAAAAAUAACCCCCCCCCAAAAAAACCGAACAAAACAGUGUCAAAAAGCGUCACCUCCCCCCCGCCACGCCACGCCCAGCUCGUCCCCUCCACCUGGGAAUUCCCGCUGGGAAUGUGCGCCCCCGGGAAUGGCGCGGGGUCACCGGGGCGGAGCUGGUGACGCCCCGAGGUGUCGCUGUCACCAAAGCCCCGCUCCAGGUGUCGGCGGGAGGGGACAGCAGCAGCGGGGGGUGGCGCUGGCCCGGGUGUCUUUUCCCGGGGGGACAAAAGGGACAGCGCGAGGUGGCGCCGGGCUCUGUCCCCGCCGUGCCUCAGUUUCCCCGCCUGCGCCGGGCUGAGGUCCCCGCGGUGACCGCAGGGUCCCGGCGCUGCUCCCGGGGGGUGUUUGUCCCCCGAGGGCGGCUGCGGUGGCCUGGGUGAUGUCCCCGGUUGUCGCCGUGCUGGGAACAACGCCGUGCUGGGACACCCCCGGGCUCCUGGGGACCCCGAACACCGCCCUGUCCCCUUUUUGGGGCCGCCCCAGCCUGGCCCACCCCGCAGGGAUCCCCCGAGGGGCCGUGGGUCACUGUCCCACCCCGCGGGGUGACACCUGGGGACAGCGGUGACAGUGGCCGCUCUGGGGGGGUGCAGGUCCAGCAGCACCCCCAGACCACCCUGGGGUGGCCCCGCGGUGACACUGGCACCCGCCACACCCCCCUUGUCACCUGCCACAGCCCGGGUCCCCUCCCAGGCCCCAGCGGGUGACAGUGGCUUCCACUCGGCUGAGGGUGGCCUUGGGGACCAGGGGGGCUUUGCGUGAGGUGGCCCUUGGGGACAGGGGCAGCUGCUGGGGGAUGUGAGUGUCACCUCGGCGGGACACCCUGCGGUGGCACCACCGUGUCCACGUGUCCUGGGGUGUCACCACCCCGCAGGGACACCCCGGGGUGUCACCACGCCGCAGGGACACGGCUGUGACAGGAGCAGGGGGACGCCCCGAGCCCCCUCCCCACACCCAGGCCCUGCCCUGGGGGCUCCCCCCACACCCCCAAACCCGCUGCUGUUGGUGAAUUAAUCAAUUCAUUAAUUAAUAAUGAUAAUUAACACUGAGCGUCCCCUCCCCCCCACCCCCGGGUGCUGCUCCCUGUGGGGCCACAUCCCCGGGCCCCCGAAUUCCCAGG